AUGUCGCAGAGUUCGGGGAGUCGUAACACAUGGAAGCUUUGCGAUUGUGGGGGAGCUAUUAAAAGAUGGACUUCAUGGACAUAUUCGAAUCCUGUGAGAAGAUUUGAGGCUUGUGAGAAUAAUCGGAAGAACAUAGGCAAAGCUCAUUAUUGGGAGUGGGUGGAUGAAGAGAUAUGCCCACGAGGAAAGGAAGUUCUGCCUAGGUUGCUAAGAAGAAUAAGAGGUAUGGAGCAGGAAUUGAAUCAAAUAGAAGAAGAUAAUGAAGGAUUGAAAGAUAAGCUCAGAGUAAUUGAGCAAGAAAACAAGGAAUUGAAAGCAAUAAUUGGAAGACUGGGAAGGCAGAAAAUGAAGAUGGAUGAGAAAAUUAUGGUCUAUUGA